UUUUUUUUCUAGGAAGGAAAAAAGCACCAAACUCCAAAGUCUAAACGAAACAAAACAGAGAAAAGGUCGCCGGAGAAAACGAGACUCAGGCGAUCUCUUUCUGUCUCUCUGAACACCCACAGGACAGUACAUACUCCUUUCUGUUCUCUCAAUCCAACUUCUAAGCUCCUCUUCCUUUUCCCUCCACGUAUCCACAAUCCCUCCUUUCUCUCUCUGAUCCCAAAUCUCCGGCUUCACUUUCACUGUUCUUCACUGCCCGUACAAUGUGGAUUUAAGUUUUUAUUUUGGUGAAUGGGGUAAUGGCCGAUUCGUUAUCAUCAGCUGGUGUUAAAGAGAGCAAGCUAUGGAAAGGGGUUUUUGCUGUGUCAGGCAUCAUGACCACUCUAGUGAUCUAUGGUGUUUUGCAGGAAAAGAUAAUGAGAAUUCCGUAUGGGGAGAACAAAGAGUAUUUCAAGUACUCACUGUUUCUUGUUUUCUGUAACCGCAUUUCAACCUCUGCUGUUUCAGCUGGUGUUCUAUUGGCAAGUAAAAAAGCCUUGAACCCUGUUGCUCCAGUUUACAAGUACUGCCUCAUAUCAGUAUCUAACAUAUUAACCACGACUUGCCAAUACGAGGCCCUCAAAUAUGUCAGCUUUCCUGUUCAGACACUUGCAAAAUGUGCCAAAAUGAUUCCUGUUAUGAUUUGGGGCACUGUCAUUAUGCAAAAGAGAUACAAGGGAAUGGACUACUUGAUCGCUUUUCUAGUUACUUUGGGUUGUUCAAUUUUUAUUUUAUUUCCGGCAGGGGCUGAUAUCAGUCCGUACAGCAGAGGACGGGAAAAUACUGUUUGGGGUGUCACCCUGAUGCUUGGUUAUCUUGGGUUUGAUGGCUUUACUAGCACAUUCCAAGAUAAGCUAUUUAAAGGUUAUGAUAUGGAAAUACACAACCAAAUUUUCUACACUACAUUAUGUUCAUGUGCUCUCAGUUUCACAGGACUUGUAAUGCAAGGGCAUCUACUUCUAGCCAUAGACUUUGUUUAUCGCCAUAAAGAUUGUUUAUUCGACAUUGCUCUGCUUUCUACUGUAGCAACUGCUAGCCAAUUCUUUAUCUCUUACACGAUACGCACAUUUGGUGCUCUCACUUUUGCUGCCAUAAUGACGACAAGACAGUUGGUGAGCAUCAUGCUGUCAUGCGUGUGGUUUGCGCAUCCUCUUAGCUGGGAACAAUGGAUUGGAGCUGUUAUUGUCUUUGGUUCUUUGUAUGCGAAAAAUUUCCUGAAAAGUGGGUCUCUAAAACCUCCAUCAGAACAUACUCAGAAUGGAGCUUCCAAGCCAACUCCUUGAAUUCAGAAUUUUCAAGUAACUUUUUCAACUUGUUGCUGCCUCUAAUUUUAUGGUGGUAGGCAGCUAUUGUUACAGGUUUGAGGCUGCAUGUUUUGUAGAGAUUGUGAUCAAGCAUUUCACUCCUAAUCUAGAUAGCAUCACAGGCGUAUGGAUCUUUCUCAAAAUAGUUGCUAUGUAGUUGAUAGUUUUUGAAAAGGAAAGUUUAAGAAAUCCCAUUUUUAUGUAGGGACGAUAAUUUAUAGAUAGACUAAAUUCACAAGAUUUUUUUUUUUUUUAAAUUCUGUAUACAGGAAUUAUAAAAAUGUAUUACUGGAAUUUACCAAAUUUUGGGUUUUCAUGUUUUGUUUUGUGGGUCAUUUACAGAAAUUUUCUAUCUUUGGCUUA